AUGUUAGAAGUAGCAAAUAUUCUAAUACUUAUUCAAAUCGGUAUUUUCAUAUUUUUCAUCAUAUUAGCAUUGAUUUAUUCAAUUCCUAUUCUACUUAUUCGUCGUUUUCAUAAUAUCAAUAAUAUAUUCACUGCUAAUCUUUGCUUUGCUACAAUAUGUUGUAGUAUAUGCUGGCUUCUUAAUCUAAUCCUCGUAUACUUUUAUCCUAAUCUUUUAUCUUAUAUUAAAAUCUGUGUUGCUUUAAACUACCUUCGAACAACAUGUACUCUACAAGUACCACUUGCUAUAAUUCAAAUUUCAGUUAAUCGGUUUUGUUCUGUAGUUUAUCAUACAAAAUUCUUUUUUAAAACCAAACAAUGGGCAAUGAUAUGUAUUUCAACUCAAUGGAUUCUUGGUAUUUCUAUUUCAUCAAUAUGGCCUAUAAUCUUUCAUUCUACGUGUGAAGUACCAAUAUGGAUAGAAGUUUAUGGAUUUUUGCUAACUGUAAUCAUUCCAUCAUUAAGUUUUACUAUUAUCAACAUUAUGACCUUCAAAUAUGUUCAUUCUUCAACAAAUCGUGUUCGAUCAUUAUCAGUAGUUAGCAGGAACAAUCGACAUCGACAUAUUAAGCGUCGUGAUUUACAUUUGCUUCGACAUAUGAUUGUUAUGUUUUGUAUAUUUGUUGGAGGAUGGAGUCCUAUCUUUGUGUAUUCAUUAAUUGUCUUCACAACUCCUAACGUUAUAAUAAUCCAAAUUCUCAUGAUAUUAAUUCAAAUUUCAGCCAUACUUGGUGUUAUGAAUCUGUUUUUCUAUAAUCAUGAACUACGAAAAUAUUUAUUUGAAAAGAUUCUAUUUGUUAUGAAAUGUUUUGUAAUUCGUUAA